UCUUAAGAAUAGCAGUAUAACUGUUCUCCGCGAAGGAUUCUCAGAUUAUAGCUUGGUAACUACCCAACUCAUCCACUUAAAAAGCUAGAAUAGAUCUCCAAAUACCUCUACUAUCCAUACAACACUGUCAUACGCCCCAUCCACAUACACGUAUAUACACAGACAGAGACUAUACAUUCAUAGACAACACAACACGCCCCACCCCAGUGGAUCUAUAUACAUCACCCCAAUAUAAACAACAGCUUACAAGCCCAGGCCCUAAAACCCCCUAAAGAACCACCAAUCCAUUCAACUCAUUUAAAAAUAUAUAUAAAAAAAAUAAAAACAGAGAAAGAGAAAAAAAAAAAGAGAAAGAAAAAGUAAAAAAAGGGAACCCAGCAAACGAUGAUCACCUCACCAAACAUCCAAAAACGACUCCACCACCACCACCACCCUCAAAGCCAACCCAACAAACCUCGACCCCCUCCCCGACCUUUUCCUUUCUCCCCGGUCGACCUCACCCACGUAACCGACAACCAACAAGCAAUCUACGGCUGCCUCCGCUCCCGGGGCUGGAACGACAGCUACUGUUCCUGGCUUCCGGAUGUCGAUCACAUACAGCUGUCCCGACCCGGCUGGUUCCGGGCGAAGGGGUGGAGCGAGGAGCAGCUGCGGGUGUUUCGGGAGCGGUGCGAAAGGGACUUGCCGGUGGGUGUGGCGUCGCCGGUUAUGGGGACGGAAGGAGAUGGGUGGGGGGCAGAGUUUGAUCUGCAGGUUAAGUUGUUGGGGGAGGCGAGUCGGAGGAAGAAGGUCGGGGAGGAGAUGUCUGGGAUAUAUGCUGUGGAUGUUCGGGAUAUUGGAUUAGGCUGGUUCUUCUCUCAUCCAGUGCGGGUACAGACAGUGGGUUUUACGUAUGUUGUGGAAGCAACAGAGAGGCUCUGCGAUUCAGGCUUAUAGCAGGACAUGAUAUCCCCGGGUGUAGAGCCUAGAAAGCUCAAGUGGUUUGAUUUACCUUCAUUUGAAUAGUUCUACGUCGGGAGGGUAAAGAGGUGCUUUGUGGAGAAACAGGUACACAAUGUAUAUAGAUCAUUGAUUCAAAAUCAU